UUUGUGAUGGAUCACUCAACCCUGCAAUGGAACAAGUGUGUGGAAGACCAUUGGGUCUUAAAUUCAAUGAAGCAACAUGUGAUCUUUACAUUGCAGAUGCCUAUUUUGGGCUAUUGGUGGUUGGGCAAAAUGGUGGAGUUGCCAAACAAGUAGCCAUUAGUGCAGAAGGAGUCCCAUUUCGAUUCACUAAUGCUUUGGACAUUGAUCAAAACACUGGAGUUGUCUAUUUUACCGAUACUAGCACCAUAUUCCAAAGAUGGGCUUAUGCAAUAGCAAUGCAAAUUGGGGAUAAGACCGGAAGGUUACUAAAAUACGAUCCAAGGACCAAAGAAGUAACGGUGUUGCUAAGAGGCUUAUCCUUUUCAAACGGGGUUGCAUUAAGCGAAGACAAAGAUUUUGUUUUAGUUACUGAAACGACUGCUGCCAAAGUCACAAGAUAUUGGCUCCAAUGUCAAAAAUCUCAAUUGAGUGACACUUUUACACAACUUGUUGGGUGUCCGGAUAAUAUUCAAAGAAACAUUCAUGGGGAAUUUUGGGUUGCACAAAAUAAUUGUGGAAGACCAGAAGUAAAAGUUAGACCAGUAAGACUUAAUAAAGAAGGGAAGAUCGUUGAAGAAUUAAGUGUGGAUGUUGGCCCUUUGAGUGAAGUCCAAGAGAAAGAUAAUAGUUUAUGGUUAGGUUCUAAACGGCAAAGGAGCUUCGAUGACUUGGCCACUGGCGCAGCAGACAUAGGCGUGGAUGGACUCCUUGAAGGCACCGUAGGCAUAGUGGAGCACGACGGCGACGUUGAUGGUGGACAAUUAUAG